AUGACCCACGAAAUUGAUACUGUUUUGAGUACUCUGCGCAUGGAGGUUGAUCCUGAUCUCGCAGGAAUGUUCUAUGAGUUUGAGGAUUACUAUGAACAAAAGUUAUGGCAUCAGUUAACAGAGCGUUUGAACGUAUUCUUUCAUGACGAGAAGUCGCUACCUUUUAGACUAAGAGUUUACGACAAUUUUGUUAGUAAAUUUCAGGAUAAAAUCAAUCAGCUCAAGGUCGUUGACUUCCUUCUACUGGCGUUAAAGAAUAAUGAAGAUUAUGAUGACCAAAUGAAGUACCUGACCGACUUGCGAAAAAAUUUCAAAGAGAUUGAUGCAAAGAAGCAAAGAAAUGAUGGUCUCAAAUCACAUUACGAUGGGUGCUUGUUGAUUGAUAUCGAAACCGCUAGAAUUAACUUACUGAAGGGUGAACUUGUCAAAAGUCGAGACUUACUAGACGAAAUCGAAAAAACGAUUGAAUCGCAUGAUAUGGUCCCUCUGCGUGUAACUAGCGCAUUUUAUUCUGCAAGUGCGGAAUACUAUCAACUCAAGAAAGACUUUAAUUCUUACUAUUACACAAGCCUAUUGUUUUUAUCCACAUCAGACUUUGCUGAAUCUCCAUAUACGUUCACCCUACUCGAACGCCAACAAUUAGCCUACAACCUGAGUAUUGCUGCCUUGCUUGGUGAUAAGAUAUAUAAUUUUGGAGAGCUUUUACAACACCCCAUUAUGGCAAGCAUUUCUCAAGAUCCACAAUACGAAUGGUUAUUUCAAUUCCUCAACACUCUGUCCGAGGGCAACUUUGAACAAUUUGACAAACUGUCCCGGGAGCGCAUUCCACAGGUUCCUAUUUUGUCCCAGCAUGAAUCAUUUCUAAGACAAAAGAUCUGCCUAAUGACCCUUGUAGAGAGCGUAUUUGCGAGAAACAUAAGAACACUAUCAUUCGAUGAAAUCGCAGUUGCAACUCAACUACCCAAGGAUAAUGUUGAGCAUUUGGUGAUGAGGAGUAUUAGUCUCGGUUUACUUAAGGGUUCCAUAGAUCAGAUUGACGAGCUGGUUACCAUUACUUGGGUUCAACCAAGAAUUAUCAACGCUAACCAGAUCAAUAAGAUGAAGGAGAGAUUAGUACAAUGGGACGAAGAAGUUGCUCGUUUGGGUGAAAAAAUCCAAGCUCGCGGGAAAAGUAUUUGGGUUUAA